UUACAGGCUGUGUGGCGGGAUAAAGUGUUCACUAUACUGGCGGGAGGUUCGACUGCAUUAACACUUUCUGUCCUGGAUCAGCACAGCCUUUUAGUUUAGACUAUUAAACAAAUACGUUUCUUUAAAGCUAGUUCAGUUCUCAUGCCUGGGCGUUCUUGGGUUGGUUUUAAUUACCGCUUUAUUACUAGUUAGCUUGCUUGCUAACAGUUUCGGGGUAACAGCUAAAGCGUUCCCUCAGCCACUGAAGCGGGAUCUGCUCUUUCCAUGGAUUUGUUAAAAACUCGAUCCACUUUUUAAACGAAGUCCGACGGUAUUAUCUCCCGACCCGGGUGGAAAAUGACCAGUACUUUACUGGAUGGCCAACAGUUGAACCAGAACCCGAACUGCUCAGCUGCUGCUCAUGACAAGAAGAAGUUCGUAUUUGCGGAGCCACAGACACAGUUAACGGCUUGUAAGGAAGCUCAGAAGAUCAUGGGUCCUCUAUCCACUCCCACGAAGGGCUCCGAGGCGGCGGGAGGGGAACCGUGGACGCCGACGUCCAACCUGAAAAUGCUGAUCAGUGCGGCGAGUCCUGAAAUACGCAACCGAGAGAAAGAGAAGAACAUCAGUGAGGAAACAGAGUCUCAGGAUACUGAACAAGGAGAAGAAGCAGAGAGGCUGCAACUCAGCCGCAAAGAGAAAAGCCUCGGGCUGCUGUGUCACAAAUUUUUGGCCCGAUAUCCAGAUUAUCCGAAUCCAGCUGUAAAUAAUGACAUCUGCCUCGACGAUGUCGCUGUUGAACUGAAUGUGGAACGCCGCCGUAUUUAUGACAUCAUGAACGUCUUGGAGAGCCUGAACAUGGUCAGCCGUUUGGCCAAAAACCGCUACACAUGGCACGGUCGUGCCCAGUUAGAACACACGCUAGCACUGCUGCAAAGAGAGGGAGAGAAACACCACUACAACCAACAGAUCCAGCAGAUACGACAGAGGCACGCGGAGGACGUGUUGGAGAUCGAGGGAGAGGAAAAAGAGAACGAGGACACGGACGGUGAAAUCACGCCGAGGGAGACGAUCUUCAGCGAAACCUCUGUCGACGCUAAAGGGGCGAGCCGUAAGGACAAGUCCCUGCGUGUGAUGAGUCAGAAGUUUGUCAUGCUUUUCCUGGUGUCCAGUCCUCGUGUGGUGAGCCUGGAAAUCGCUGCCAAGAUCCUGAUCGGAGAAGACCAGGUGGUGGACCAGGACAAGAGCAAGUUCAAGACGAAGAUUCGUCGUCUGUAUGACAUCUCGAAUGUCCUCAGCAGUCUUAAGCUCAUUAAGAAAGUGCACGUGACAGAAGAACGAGGAAGAAAACCAGCAUUUAAAUGGACCGGACCGGAGAAUCUGACCUUACAGGGUUUGCAAGUCGAAGCGUCUUCUUGCCCUGGGCCCCUCGAAUCGCGCUCGUCUAUAGAUAACUGCACCAAAAACCUUUUCUGCUCUCCCAGCACUAAGCGAGGCUUCACUCGGCAUCAUUCUCUCGUCAAACUGGCCAAAAGCAUCCAGGAUGAUCGCAGGAAGAUCAACUCUGCCCCAACAAGCCCUGUUAAAAUCACCAGUGAUGCAGCUAAUGGAAGUUUCUGUACGAGUAAAAUGGAUCGCCUCGCUGAGAUUUGUAAAAUGCAGCUAGACCAGCAAGCUGUGAAUGUUCAGAAGCAGAACGAUCUGAAAGAUGCUCACCUACAAGAGAAAAGCUUGGCCAUUCCCCCUGCGGUGAUGUCAGGGGCGGAGGCUUGCCCUCGUACGGUGCAGUUAUCGUUUGCUCCUCCUCCUCCGUGCUGCUCCCUCGUUCCCGUGCUGCUUCCCCACGCUGUGUAUGUCAGCCACACCCCUGUCCGUCCUCGUCCAAUCGCCAGGCCUCCUCCUUCCAGCACCGCUGUUCGCUCCAUGACUUUCGAAAGCCCCAGAGGCGCAAACUCGAAGGCGUCACCAGCGUCUGUAACGAUGACAAACCAGAGGCUGCUGCAUGGGUACGAGCCGGCAAGUCCAGCCCCGAAACGGACGUGUUUAGAAAGUUUAGAAAGAAGUCCGGCUAAGAUGAAACGGACCGAGACGAACUCAAAGAGCUUGUCCCCUAAGCUGUGUGAGAUCCUACAGGCUCGUCUGAAAGAUCGCAGAGGAAACUUGUCUUCUAGCCGUGCCUCAGCCAGAGCUCUGCACCUCGAACCCGAAUUUAACAAAACACCCCAUAAUAAUCCCGACAUGGUGGAGCACAGCAUGGAGCUGCAGCACUUCCUCGAGACGGAGGAGCGGGAAGAGAAAACGCAGAACCACACUCAGGCCACGCCCACUCUGCAGGACUCGAAUGGACACACAAAUACAGAGACUCUGAUCCCCACAGGUUAUUUGAUUCCAAUUUCCCAGCAGCCUCUGCUUAGCUUUAAGGAGACUCCGACCUCCAGUGGAGAGACAAAUAAAACGCCGACAUACAUUUAUCGCACACCAACUGCAGGUUCGAUAGCCCCUUCACCUCAGGAGUUCACCCCAUCCCCUCUACCUGUCCAUCGCCCCACCCACCGGGUCAGCCCGAACCCCUCCAUCCUCAACUUCACCCUGCAGAACCUUGCUCUGAUCCAUAGCACACACGGCGCCACCCACACAGUGCCCACAACGGAGCAGCCCAGCCCCAUCUCCUGCACACACACGCAUGCUCACACACCGCUCCAAACGCACGGCAUGAUCUUCAUCAAGCCCGUCUCGCCGCUCACACUCAUCAGCCUGCAGCAGCCAGCCCUGACCACACCCAAAAGUGGCUCCGCCCCUCAGCAGUGCUUUUUCCACACACCAGUCUCCACCGUGGUCACUCCCACUGCCAGUAAGAGCCUGUACAUACCUCAGAGGAAGCUGGACGUGAGCUCAGAGGAGCACUGAGGUCAUCCUCCAGUCACCACUAACAGCUUCUGAGCUGUGUCCAUGGCUGUUUAAUUAUCUGAAUGUUUCGUAGCUUUGGCUUUACCUUUAUGACUUUACUGGUCCUGAUUUUUCACUUGAACUGUCUUGGAAAAACAGAGCCAUGUGUGUGUGUGUGUGUGUAUGUAAGUAUGUAUGUGUGUGGGUGUGUUUGGGUGGAUGGAAUGUCCGAAUAAACCAAUAAACUUGACCUUAGCAUUGAGGUGCUAGCAUUUCUCUGGUUAGCUUUGUAAAAAAUACACAGCGCUGUAUAAGAAAUGUAUAAAGAACAAUUGUGUGUUUGAUUUAACAAAUAAAUGUGAGCCUCCUGGGCCAUAUGGCAAA